UGUCAGUCAACAACAGAAUGCGCGCGCAUGCGAGUCGCACAGUAUUUUUUUACCCUAUCUACCGGCACCAACAACUACACCAGUAUUGAUCGGGCCUUCGUCGCGAUACGGCGUCUCGAAAAUGCCAUUCGAAAAUUCUCAUGUUUCACUGUUUUCCGAUUGAAUAUAACGCCUAAAGGUUAUACUGAAGUUAUGGAGGUGUGAAUUGAUUGUUAAAAGUGUUUUGGAUUAAGUGCCGAUAUGUCUAAGAUGAUUAAAUGGUGCCGUAGAUAGAGGCAGAUUCCUAUCGAUAAAAAUGGAAGGUUGAGAUCGUUUGAGCUUCGAGGAAUUUUUGCAAAUAAUCCAACAAGAAUAACACGCACGGAGUCGUUAGAUCGUGAUGAUAUGAAAAAAGCAACGAGUUCCACAGAAACAUCAUAUGCCGAUGUGAAACAUGGAACAUCAAUAAAAGAACAAACAUUUUCUAAAAGCUAUGUACCGUAUUUACCUAAAAUGAGCUUAAGUUUAGAAAAAGUGGUAGAACAAAACCCUCGAAUUCUAGAUUUACGAGAAAAACUUAACGCAAUCACAAAGAAACAAGAUCGUAAUGUCGAUAAAAAGACUAAAGGACUCAUUAAUGAUAUAACACAAAAAUUAGUGGAUGAUAAAGAACAAGAUGAGUCAGGACCAUACAGCUUACUAUUCGAUCUUAAAACAGACCCAUCAACAUCAAAUCAUAAUAUGUGGAGUAAAGAAACUAACGAUCAGACUGUAUGUUUGAAUUCUAAUGAGUUGUCAGAUAAAAGUCCAGAUAGAAUAGGAGUUAAUGUGCUUAACUUCGAUGAUAAACCCCUAAAAGAAUUUGAAUACUCAUGUGAAGGUGAAAUAAAUUUCCCUACCAAAAAGGUUUUUAGCACACAUUCAAGGUCAGAUCUUUGCCUACAACUAAAGUCGCAUAUACAUCCGCGUUCCUUUGAAACAAACCCAAGUCCAAAUGAAAAUUCCCUCAAUAGAACAAAUGAAGAGAAUUCUCUUGAUGACAGCUUAGGAAUCUUAACCCCAGACCAAAUGGAUGACAUUUGUUACCUGGAAAAUGCUUUUUCUCCAACUGUAGAGGGACUUCCAAUAUUCUGUGAUAGUAACGGAUGUAACAAAAUAUCACCUGAUAAUGGCGACUCUCCGUCAACUGAUAAGACUGAAAGUAAUUCGGCAGCUUCUACGAUACAAAAUGAUGGAUUUGAAAACAUCGAUCAUAAAAAUGUACAAUUUCGAUACGAAUCAGCACCCAAUAUUUGUAUAAAUACAGUUGAAAACGAAAAUCAAAAUAUUGUACAGUCCUUUGACAAUAAACAACAGAAAAACAGUGACCAAUUUUCACGUCAUUCAUUAGUAAUAUCUGGAGUUCAUUUGGAAUCUCCUCAUUUACUAGAUGUAACUUUAGAAAGUGAAUCUAAUGCUCCAAAUCUGGUUGAUGAAGAAUUUAUGCCUUCAAUUCAUAGUAGCAUUUUAGAGCCAGUUAGUUCUGUGGCAGAAAAUAUCAUUAAUUUAGAGAUAAAUUUGGAUUGUAAACAAGACAAUAGUACAGUAAGUAGAAUAGAACAGACACCAUCUCCAGAAGAUUUACCUCUAGACAGUUCAGAAUUGAAUGGUGAAAUAAGUUCAUACUCUCAGUUUUCCGCUUCGACUUUACAUGAUUCGCAAACUUAUUCAGAUAGUAAAAUUGAAUACUCUAAAUCUAUGGAGACGUCAAAAGUUUCUAACAGCUUUAUUACAAGUAUCACUAGUAUUACUAGCUUAGAUGGAUACCAAGGUGAUGGUGAAAUGUCAAGGCCUGUAAGUAGAGGCGCUGAUCACUCUUUGGAACAACGUGAGGAUGUUAUAGAAAUGAAUUGGCAAAAUGUUCCCGUGACUAGAAGAGCAGAUCCUAUGACUGAUUCAGACUUUUUUACCGAAAGUGAUGCCGAUGGUUUGGAUGACCAAAUGCAAAGAGGUGACCGAAGAGCUCAAGUAAUAGAUGGUGCACUUUAUGGAGGAAAAAACGGAGGUGGUAACCCUCCACUUAUAGUCAAUAGAAAUGAUGAUUCAUGUAUGGAAUCUAGCGGAGUGUAUACUGAUUUUGAAAACCAUAGGGCAUCUCCAGUAUUUCUAAAUGUAAUAGAUGAUAUGUCUCCAGCGGGUUCUACUCCAUCAACACGAUCAGAGUGCAGUCAGAAAAAUAAUAGUACAGGAAAUAUCAAUGCUUAUUUCACUUCAAUAGACUUGGAAAAAUCUAAAAUAGAUUUGAAUUCUGUAUCUAUAGAAGUAUCUUCUUCUACUCCAAAAAGUAUAAGCAAAAGAAACUCAUUGAACAGUGAAAAAGAUGAAAAAGGUAUUGAGAAAAGCAAAGAAGAAAAACGAAGUUUCACAUUAAAGAAGUACAAAAUGCCCAAGCGUGAUGUGCCAAGCAAAUUAAAAAGUAUGCUGGCCAGUAAAAAGACUGAUGUUGAUGUAAGUGUACAAAGUAGUCCAAAAGCAAUUAAAAAGAUGGACAGGCGAGAGACGUUGUCAAAGAAAAAUUCAUUAGAUAAUAAGACCGACUACAAAACGAAGUCCUUUAAAGAUAUAAAAUCUAAAGUGGAUAGUUCCUAUUCAUUACAACGAUCUCAGACUGCGUGUAGUGUCAGCAGGAUGUUAAGCUCAAAAUCUACAAACACCAACUUGAAACCGAAAAGCCGCCACAUGCGUAUGCGCAUGGAGCUGGGCUCGGCAGCCGGCAGCGGUAAGAGCAGCCUGCACAGCUCGCAGAGUGACAUCAGCGCCUCCAGCACUCCUUUAGGAAAACACACUACCAGCCGCUUUCCUCUAUCACGGAACGGCAAGAAACGGGAAAGCGGGCCGACGCCGACCAACCCCACCCGCGCGCCCGCCACCCCGCCGCAGACCCAACCCCCAUCCGCCCAGGCAAAGAAAAAUGGCGUGGUGCAGAAGCUGUCGGCGUCCCCUGUGUCAGUGCGCUCCAGGACUUCGCUGGCACCUCCCCCCUCACCCCGCAAGCCCCCGUCCCAUCGGGUACCUGCUCAGCGGCCAACUACCUUACCCACCAGUAAAGAGCCGCCGCGGGUGGCUGCAGCGAUCGGGCCUCGUGGGAAGCGCGUGCAAACGCCACAGCCGGUCCGCACGCCGCCGGUAACGCUCACUGCUCCGCUGCCUGCCCCGCCCCGAGAACAAGCAGUAGCGCUUGCACACGCUGCUAAAGGUGUUGAAGCGUUGGGCGUUUUAGUCCAAUAUUUGGUGUUCCGUUUGGAUGCUUUGAGUGGCGGAACUUGGCGCUUAGAGGCGGAAAAAUGGCGGGAAAUAGCGGCAGUAGAGCGUAGCAGCGCCGCGCGCGCCGACCGCGACCGCCAGCAAAGGGCUCAGAAGGACUUAGAUACCAUCGCAGAAUGCCUGAGCAAGAUCUCAGAGUUAGAAAUGGAGGUUUCGUCGAAGGAGGAGGCGAACGCUCGUCUCCAAGCGACGCACGUGGAGCAAGUCACAGCAUUGGCGAAUGAUAUCAAGGAACUUAAGGACACCAUCGAAACCCUAAAACGUGAAGUUGCGGAAAGUAGAGCGCGACUGCACGCACACAGUGAAAUCGAGCGAACUUUGCGAGCGCAGCUGGAAGCGGCGCGAGCGCAGAGCGAGCGGAGCGAACCGCAGCCGGACACCUGCGACGCCGCCUGCGACCCCGUGCGCUGCGACGUUGAGGACUGCGAGCUGAGGUUGACUGCCAAUGAGGAACUGAGCACGGAUGCCAGUGAAUUGGCAGCUGAGGUGCGAUCCCUUCGAGCCGUGAUAGAGCUAAAGCAGGCCGAGAUGGCGUCCCUGCGCGACGCGCGGUCGGAGCUAGCGGCGGAGCGACAGCGGCGCGCGGCGGCGGAGCGCGAGGCGCGCGCGGCGCGGCACGCGGCCGAGGAGCUGCGCGAGCGCGCGGCGGCGCGACAGCGCGACGCCGAGCGCCUGCGCGACGACCACCGCCGGCUGCGCGACGCCGCCGCGCGCGACCGCGACCACGCCGCGCGCCUCGCCGCGCUCAACGAGGAGCUUCGAUACAAGCUCCGACAGAAGUCGCAGGUGGUGUCGCUGCUGGCGGGCGGUGGCUACAUGGAGCGCGGGCUGCGCGCGCGCACGAGCUCCGCGGACUCGGUGCGCUCCCCCUCCCCGCCCCCCGACUCCCCGCCCUCGCCGGCCGCCUCGCCCGCGCCCGCCACCCCACCGCUCCCCGCUGUCAAGGGCGUCGUCGAGAAACACGACUCCGUCAGCUGGGUGCUGGAAAUUGAAGAGACCCCUGAAGAAGUUGCGUCAAGACUGGCGCGGCGGUCGUCGUUCCGCGCGGCGUCCUCCCCGAGCGGCGUGAAGCGGCGCGGCGGCGGGUCCCCGGGCGGCGGCUCCCCCGCCCCCGCCUCCCCCGCACCCAACGCCUCCAAGCUCUUCCGGCCUGGAGAACUUGACUUCCCGCCGCCGCCACCACCCCUCAAAGAAUCAGCAGGAGAAGCGAUCUACAUUUACGACGAUCGUCAGUAUUGAGGAUAUAAGGAAUUUUGGUUUGUGAAUUACUAGUCUUGUGGACCGGAAUGUCACAAUUUACAACUCCACAUGAAGAAGACGGCAGUAUUCUGUUCCCUGCAUGGAACCCACCGGCGAAGCCGUCAAAUAUACGCUGAUUGUUAGUAUUGAAUGAUGAGGAAUUUUUGUUCGUGAAUUACUAGUCUCGCCCGCGCGUACUGGAAUAUCACAGGGAAUUACACAAAGCUCGACGCAGAUGGUGACACCAGCAUACGCAUUAAUCCUCUGAACAUUGAAAGACCAAGGCCGGUGCACAAAUCAAUGUGGAGAGAAUAGUCAAUGUCAAAUAUUAUGUUUACAUCGUAUGCUAGUGCUGCACUCUGCAGGGAAAACACCGCUGUAAUAUUUCCAUUUGCAACUCCACGCGAAGAAGUGUGCGUAUGUUUUGUAUGUAAUACGCCUCAACGUUUAUAAUUACCCGAUUUGAUAUUCUUGCCUGAUUAUGAAUUGCAUGACACAGUCAUAGAUUUAAAUAAAUGGGACCCGACCGGAAUGUUUGCAAUUUAGUCUUAAAGUUUUGCUUCAUUAUUAAUUGAAGCCAAUACAAUAUUUAUAGAUUCAUUAAUGUACCCAGAUCUUUAGAUUUCUUAACCUACAUUAAGUAAUCGAAUUUUACGUAUUCUCUUACGUAAAAGUGAGCAUCUUACCAUAACAUCAAUCUAUGAGACACGCGGCAGAGUGUUAGUUCUGAAUGUAUGUAAAAUGAGACGCGGUCGGGCGACGCGACGCGAUGCUGCGGUUUGAAGCUCGCCUUCACUCCACCUCACAUGAGGUGAUACAAAUUCAAUGCUCUCAUAGAAUGAGACUUAGCUUGCAGUGAUAUGAUGUUGUUCACGUAUGAUAUUACAUUGUAGAUAUAAUAUUAAGUACCAUUAUGCUACGCGUUUAACUUAUUCCCUUGUUUUCGUGGGUGUAUGUAGUUAUUUUUUGGCAGUGGAUUAAACUUGAGAAAUAAGGUAAAUGAGUAACUUCGUUCUAGUAUUUUGUAAGUGUGCUUUUCCUAAGAUUUCUUAGCCUUGAACAUAUGUGUAAUUCGGCUACGUUUUGAAGGAAAGUGUUAUGUACCUGUCAAUUGCACCAAUAAUUAGAAUAAACUGUUUAGUCGCAAGAUUUUUUUAAAAUAAUUGCGACAUCUCCUCGUCAAAGCAUUUUCACAUUACUUAAAUACAAUUAUUUUCUUCCAUAGAGGCAGGAGGUUAUUUUGCUUUCUAAUCUAUCUCCCAUUCUUCUUAUACUAUCUAUAAUUUAUUUCUUACCUAUGUACUUAUUUUCAUAUUUUUAUUUAUUGGUGCAAUUAAUCUUGUUUCUGGUUGUUUAUUAAUAAAAAAAUGAUUCGAAUAUUAAAUUCUUGCAAAGCCGUCGGCUGGCAGGUUGUUGUCUGCGUUAUUUAACAAAAAAGUGAUCUUAAAUGUUAUAUCGUUUUGUAUCCACUAUCGUAUUUAUAUCUUAAUUAUUAUCUACCUAUAGUUUAUUGUGGUUGUUGGCACUGUAUUAUUUUUAUGUACAAAUAACGAUUUAAAAGAUGAAAAAUUUAACAUAGUUUUAAGUGAAAAUUGUCUUGGAAGUAGGACUGCGAUUAGUGUGUCGCUGAUUUUGUUAAGAUUGAUGGAUGCUUUUGCAGUGUUUUCUUUGAAUUAACAUUUUUCACUUUCUUCUUAUAACGUUCUAAUACAUUGGAAAGCUCAUCUAAGCCGAACCAAAGAGUCAUGAUCAACUCUUUGCCACGUUCCUUUGUUUUGCUAAGCAAACGAAUAUUUGCAUGCAUAGUAAUCCAGGUAAAGUUUGAUUUUUUAUUUAUUUUUAAGUUAAAAGAUAUAAUAAUACCAUUCCAAAUUAAGAAAUGUAAGCGAUAAUAAUUAUUACUUAAUACGAAGGAUAUUAAUAUAAAAUAAAAUAGUAUGUUACAGCA